AUGAGUGACUGGGAAAACGACGACCCCGAGCCAAAACAGGUCACUCCUCCGCCGAGGCUUUCCGCUGCCGGUCGCAAGAAGUUUGAUGAUGAAGACGUAGAGGAUGAAGUCAAGGACGACUGGGAGGAAGAAGACUCUGAACCAGAAGCACCCAAAACCGCCGCCGCCUUGCCACCACGCAAGAAGAAGAGCGUCAAACAAAAGAUUGCCGAAAAGGAAGAAGAGGAACGUUUGCGUCGUGAACAGGGUCUUGAGGACGAGGAGGACGAGGAAGAAUGGGACCAAGAUCCGAUAGCCAAACGCCGGAUGGAACGUGAAGCCCAACUCAAAUCGGACGUCGAGAAUGCAGCUAACCUUUUGGGCACUGCCAAGAUUGCCGACGACGCAGUCUCAAAGCUCAAGACUGCGAACCCUUCAUCAAAACAAGACUGGGAGCAAUUCUCCGAUCUUCUCUUCACCGAACUCAUCAAAAAGCACUCGACCAAACCGGGUUUCGAAAAGCAUUUCACUCCUCACCUCUUCCGCAACAUCGCUUCCACCAUGCGCGAUGUCGACAUUCGUAAAUCCUCCACAAUGCUCAAGGCUUAUGCUGAGGAGAAAGUGAAGGCGGAAAAGGAAGCAAAGAAGACCGGUGGUCAAAAAGUUCCAGUGGGCAAGGCAAAGCCUAAAACCGUCGGCACAGCAAGCGCUAAGAAUGUCAUUGACACCAAUGCUUAUGGUGAUGAAGCGCUGGAUGACGAUCUUGACUUUAUGUAA